AUGAGUUUCAUCGAGACCAAUCUUCCUCAACCGUAUUAUCUUCGUGAUAGUACCAGGCGAAGUCUGCUCCAAACUCUCCCAGGUCUUACAGGCCGCAGUGCAGUCUUGGAAAAGGCAGCUAUACCAGUAUCAGUAUCAGCUGCUUUUCUUGCCAAGCAUAACCAAGAUGAAUGCCUUCUUCGGUAUAGUAACAAACUGUACGGCAAUAUCUUGAAGACUCUUCAUGGCAAGAUAAAAUCUGGCAUCGAGCUCGGGCAGGAUAUUUUGUACACUACCAUCGUCCUUCAAAUAUAUGAGUUGAUUAAUUGCGCCCCGCUGGGCUUUAUGGCCUGGGUAGCGAAUCAGGGCGCCAUUGCAAUCUCUUCUGUUCAAGGGGAGGAAACCGCUGCAGAGAAGCUAUUCCAUCGGCAGUUGAAAUACGUGACAGCUACUUUGCAACGCUGUUGGGAAGCGGAAAACACCGUAUCUAUAUACAAUACCAAUAUGGCGGAGUAA